AUGGGGUCUUUAGUUGCUACUCUCACUCUUGUAUUGGCCAUACUUUCUCUAAGCUUGGCAAAUGAAACCUCACCGGACAAGGAUCACCGUCACCACCCUUCUCUUCCAUCACCAGUUCGCAACGGGUAUAGGUCACCACCUCCGCCAUAUAAGCAUUCAUCUCCUCCACCACCUCCUAAGAAGUCAAAUAAGUCACCACCCCCAUCACCAUAUUAUAAGUCACCACCUCCACCCCAAAAGGAGCUAACACCCCCACCUUAUAAGAACUUAUCUCCUCCACCUCCAUCACCACGAUAUAAGUCACCACCUCCACCUCAGAAGGAACUUACUCCUCCACCUCCAUCACCGUAUUAUAAGUCACCACCUCCACCCCCAUCACCACGGUAUAAGUCGCCACCUCCACCCCCGAAGGAAUUUACUCCUCCACCUCCAUCACCGCAUUACAAGUCGCCACCUCCACCCCAGAAGGAACUAACUCCUCCACCUCCAUCACCAUAUUUUAAGUCUCCACCUCCACCUCCAUCACCAUAUUAUAAGUCUCCACCUCCACCUCCAUCACCGCGUUACAAGUCGCCACCUCCACCCCCGAAGGAACUUACUCCUCCACCUCCACCACCACGGUAUAAGUCGCCACCUCCACCCCCGAAGGAACUUACUCCACCACCUCCAUCACCACAGUAUAAGUCGCCACCUCCACCUCCAUCACCACGGUAUAAGUCGCCACCUCCACCCCCGAAGGAACUUACUCCACCACCUCCAUCACCACAGUAUAAGUCACCACCUCCACCUCCAUCACCACGGUAUAAGUCGCCACCUCCACCCCCGAAGGAACUUACUCCUCCACCUCCAUCGCCACAGUAUAAGUCGCCACCUCCACCCCCGAAGGAACUUACUCCUCCACCUCCAUCACCGUAUUACAAGUCACCACCUCCACCUCCAUCACCACGGUAUAAGUCGCCACCUCCACCCCCGAAGGAACUUACUCCUCCACCUCCAUCACCACAGUAUAAGUCGCCACCUCCACCCCCGAAGGAACUUACUCCUCCACCUCCAUCACCGUAUUAUAAGUCACCACCUCCACCUCCAUCACCACGGUACAAGUCGCCACCUCCACCCCCGAAGGAAUUUACUCCUCCACCUCCAUCACCGCAUUACAAGUCGCCACCUCCACCCCAGAAGGAACUAACUCCUCCACCUCCAUCACCAUAUUUUAAGUCUCCAUCUCCACCUCCACCUCCAUCACCACGUUACAAAUCACCACCUCCACCACAGAAGGAAUUAACUCCUCCACCUCCAUCACCAUAUUAUAAGUCACCACCUCCACCUCCAUCACCACGAUAUAAGUCACCACCUCCAUCUUCCCCUUAUCAUGAUCGCUAG